UUACACGUACCCCGGGUCUCUCUGCUCUCACUAUAUUCCCUUCUAACUUUUCCAAAACAGCUCUCUCUCUCUCUCCCCACACAAAAUGAGGCAGGCAGGAACAUAUUCAGGCAUAUCAGGAAAGAACAACGGACCCCACUCGUUGCCGCUGGCUAGGAUCAAGAGGAUAAUGAAGGGGUCAAGCGAUGAAGUGAAGAUGAUAUCCGGGGAGGCCCCCAUAGUCUUCUCCAAGGCCUGCGAGCUGUUCAUAGAGGAAAUAACGAAGAGGUCUUGGGCGGUGACCGUUCAGGGCAAGAGGAGGACGCUCCACAAGGACGAUGUGGCUUCCGCUGUUGUGGCCACCGACGUGUUCGAUUUUCUUGUCAACGUGGUUGAUUCUGAUCAUCACCGUUCUUCUUCUGGAAACUCCGACAAGAGUGAUCCGGCCGUGAUAUGGCCGGAGACACGAGUACUGUAGGGAUGGUUACUUUUUUGAUCUCUUCAGUACUCUUUGUGCUUGUGUGAAAUGGGAGAAAUUUUUCAGUGGCGGGUGGGCAUGGCCACGUGGUGUCCAUGCGCGCAUAUAGGCCGUCUAAAUGUGUUUUGAAUAAUUCAUAUAUAUUUGUUUGGGAUUGAUUGGGUGUUUUUUGGUAAUUUUGUACUAAAAAAUUAUCCAAACAAAUUUGGACCGUUCAAAACAUUUGGACGGCCGAGAUAUGCGCACGGACACCACGUGAUUGUGUCCACCCGGCACUGAAAUAUUUCUCGUGACAUCGACAAUACUAGGUGGUGUUUUGGUAACCUUACUUAUCAACGUUGAUGAUUUUAUUCUUUGGA